UGAUAAAUGCUCGGAGUAGGGAUUCUGUGGAUUAUACCAAGAAAAUCGCGGUUCUCUGCUCAGACGCGUGCUAAUCGGGCAUCGCUGUUUCGAGUGAAAGGCGCUCGUUCGCCUAUUCGUUUCUCGUGUUUUCUUCUCGGCAGUUUAGUUCUUGGUACGAAUCAUGUGGCGACUGGUCCUUACAUUGACCUUGGUCAGCGUAGCCUUGGUAGCGUCGUUGCCGGCGGCACAGCAGGAUAGCGGUAGCCUCGACAGUCUCAUCGACCAGGCUUUUCCUGAAACCAAGACGACCCCUUCAUCAGUACCUCAGAUAGGUGGCGAUCUUGACAGCCUAAUCCAGGACGUCUUCAAGAACGGAAACAUCAGCACCACUACACCAAAAAAUCUCUAUCUCGGCUCGCAAAAUACACCACCCCCAAAACCGGACAAUUGCGAAUGCGUGCCCUACUAUCAGUGCAAGGAGGGCAAGAUCCUGGACAACGGGAUCGGCAUCAUCGAUAUCAGGUUUGGUGCUGAUGAUAACACGGGGCAGAGAGCUCUUGGACCAUGCGAGAAUUACUUGGAUGUUUGUUGCAAACCGCCGGAUCGACAGGCACCACCCACACCGCCACCAAAUGAUAGAAUUGGAUGUGGACAACGACAUACUGAAGGAGUCGGUUUUAGGAUCACCGGCCAGACUGAUAACGAAGCUCAGUUCGGCGAGUUUCCGUGGAUGGUAGCUAUAUUGAAGGAAGAGGCCAUCGGCGAAAAUGGCCAAAAAUUGAAUGUUUAUCAAUGCGGUGGUGCGCUUAUCCAUCGACAAGCUGUUCUCACUGCGGCUCAUUGCGUUAAUGGAAAACAGCCGCACGAACUCAAAGUCCGCGCGGGAGAAUGGGAUACGCAAACGAAGAACGAGAUCUACCCGCAUCAGGACCGUGACGUCGAAAAAGUAGUGGUUCACGAAAGCUACCAUUCCGGCGCACUUUAUAACGAUUACGCUAUACUAAUCUUGAAAAGCCCAGUCGAAUACGCGGAGAAUGUAGAUAUCGUCUGUCUACCGGAAGCGAAUACGAAUUUUGACGGAUCCAGAUGCUUCGCCAGCGGAUGGGGAAAAGACAUAUUCGGAAAAGAGGGACGUUAUCAAGUGAUUUUGAAGAGAGUGGAACUUCCUGUGGUAACGAGCGACACAUGCCAAAGUAUUAUGCGUACCACUAGGCUAGGAAAAUAUUUUGUUUUGGACAGAAGUUUCAUCUGCGCAGGUGGAGAAGUAGGAAAAGAUACUUGUAAGGGUGACGGUGGAAGUCCCUUAGUGUGUCCGUUAAAGAACGAUCCGAGCAGAUACGUUCAAGCUGGAAUCGUGGCCUGGGGUCUUGGUUGUGGCGAAAACGGAACUCCUGGCGUUUACGCCAACGUAGCCCAUGCCCGCCGAUGGAUCGACGAACAGAUAGCCUUUUAUAAUCUAGAUAAUACCGUUUAUCAGUAUCCCAACUGAUCAUCGUUCUUAUCCGAUUUGUACCAAUCACAUUUGGAUCACGAAAUUUUUCUCUCUUUUUUUUGUCAUACUCAUCUAUCACGAAUUGUAUUUUUUGUACUGAGUUUCCUGUGCUGUACAACUUCAUUCGAGAGCAAAUGUAAUGAAAUAUUGACAAGUUACACUUUAAUAUUCAGAUAAUACAGGAUAGAAUAAAAUUUAGUGAAUCUCUUUUAAUAUUAAGAAUCUCGCCUGUUUAUAUAUAAUAUUUUAUCUUUAUAAACUGAUUUGUAUGCAUUUGAAAAGUUUUAUAUGACAAAGGAUGAAUAAUCCUCCAAGUCAAUGUAUGGCAUUUUAUAUAUGAUGCAUGAGUAAAUAAUACAUUUUUAUUAAACAUAGAACAA